AUGUACAAGCGCUGCUCUUGGACGGAGACCCUGAUCACAGCACAACCUCCAUCUAUGGGCUUCAGCACCCGUCAGAUCGCACCUGCGGCAGAACACGCCUGGUUUUUGCAGGGAGAUGCCCAGCCCAGGUGUCUGCUCCCUGCUCCCUGGGAAGGUGAGGUUACAGUGCAAACUGGGGAUCUGUUGCCAUGUAAGAUUUGUGGAAGAACUUUCUUUCCAGCAGCUCUGAAAAAGCAUGGACCCAUUUGCCAAAAAACUUCUUCCAAGAAAAGGAAGACAUUUGAUUCCAGCCGACAGAGAGCAGAAGGAACUGACAUUCCCACAGUAAAACCCCUUAAGCCACGGCCAGAACCACCCAAAAAACCUUCUAACUGGAGACGAAAGCAUGAGGAAUUCAUAGCAACUAUACGAGCAGCCAAAGGACUUAAUCUUAAAGAUGGUGGAAAACUCCCUCCACCACCUCCACCAUCCUAUGACCCUGAUUACAUUCAGUGUCCAUACUGUCAGAGGAGAUUUAAUGAAAAUGCAGCUGACAGACACAUCAAUUUCUGUAAGGAGCAAGCUGCACGUAUUACUAAUAAGGGGAAAUUGGCAGCUGAUACCAAAGGGAAGCUUCCUACUCGAACACAGUACAAACCUGCUCCAGUUAAGAAGAUGCCUUCUGUAGGAUCAACGCCAUCGCCAUCAUCACGCUUACCGCAGCCAAGUGGUGUUAGCAAAGCUGUUGUAGGUGCCUCUUCAAGUAAAGCACUGUCUUCUUCUGGAUCCGGUGGGAACAAAAUUCAGACAUUAUCACCAGCUCAUAAAAACUCGCUGGGAAUGAGCCCGCAAGCAGGAGGCACAACAAAAACCCGGACAUCAACCCCUCCUAGUGUGGCAAGAGCCAUGAGCACGGGUGCUUUAUCAAACAGAAGAAAAACUAGCAAUUCAGACAAUAACUUAAGGUCUGAUGGGAAAACUGGAUGUGACAUUGGAGACUGCCCAUCCUCAGUCAAUGGAGGAAGUGCAAGAAGCAGCGGAGGAGUUUCACCUGUACAGUUAUCCAAGUUCUGCCACGAAUGUGGAACAAAGUAUCCAGUGGAGUGGGCAAAGUUCUGCUGUGAGUGUGGAAUUCGAAGAAUGGUUGUGUGAACACAUUCUUUCAAGCAGAAAGAAAACAAGAAAUUGGAACAUCUGCUGUGUACUGUUGCAUGGAAAGCUUGAGCACUCCAUCCAGUUAGACUCUAUGCUGCAAACAUCGAAACAUCGUUUUAUAAUUUUCUGAGUGCAAUCUUCUGGUUACACAAUUAUUUAUAAACAGUGAUAUAUACUGUAUAUAAAAACAGCAGCUACCUAAAACUGUGCCAUUCAAGGAAAUACUCUUUGCUCUUUGUUGAAAAUAUUUAAAAUUAAGGUAAAAAUGUGUUAAGUAACCUAGGUAGCAGAAGAGGUUCAAUGCUAUUUUUUUUUUUUUUGUAAAUCCUACUAGGCAGAGGAUUUUUAAAAUCUCUUAUUUAGGGUAAUACUUACCUAUAGGGAACUAGCCAUGAACAACUUUGGCUUCAAAAAUUUUUCUGUGGUGGCAUUUGCUUCAUCUGUGACAGUAACUUGGAUGCUGUAUUCUAAGUGAAAACAGCAUGAGUUCCUUAUAUACUCCUUAUAAAUUCCCAGAUAAAAAUGUAAAAGGUUUGGAUUUUUAAAUUCUUCAACAGUAAUAUGCUAGUUGGGCUUUCCAGUUGCUUCCUAGGAAUUUUUUAAAGAAUUGAAAUGGAAAGACUACCUGAGAAUUCUCUUUGUAUCUAAGAAGAAAGGCAAGAUUUUCUUUUUGUGGCUUUCCAUGUUUCAGUAAAAAUGUGUUAAUAUUUUUAUGUAUUUAUAAAGACAAAUAUGGUAUUAAUUUUAUUAUUAUUCAUUUUAUUAAGUUCCUUUUGUUUGAAAAUACUUGUCUUCCUCCUCCUGCGCUCCACAAUGACUAGCAUAUCUUAAGGUGUUGUGUUUUGUCUUUGUCCUCUUUCCAAAGGCCCUGCUCAUUUUUUUUCUUUUCCCUCAUUUCCUCGGACUUUACCAAGGAAAGUUGAAGUCUUUGCUUAUCCUACUUAAAUGUUGAACUCUUAUUUUGAAAACAGAUGUAUUCAAUACCAAAAAAAUAGUUCCAUAAAAAAUGAAUGCUAUUAGAGCAGUAGAUCUUGAUGUAAGUAGUGAGGUUUUUUUUAUUCUUAUUCCUAUGAAAAUAGCACAGCUUACACAUACUAAUGCAUAAGGGAGUAACUGUGCUUCACUGGCAUAUGUGUCAAUUCCUGAUUUUUUUUUCUAUUUUGUGUAUUCCCUAUCUCAAAACAGCAGUCUCUUCAGGUUAGUAAUAGACUUCACAUUCUUCCAUUGGGAAGAAGAGCGAGACUUAAAAGUUGUUGGGCUUUUUACUAAUUACUCAGCAAAUUAGUAAAUCACACAUUUACUUAUAAAACCUUUCACAAACCAAAUCACUGAAUUUGUAUCUUAAUUUAGUAGUUUAUUUUGUGAAGUUUUUCUUUGAAGUACUUGCACCAUUUUCAUGAUGCGUGACAGAACAAUCUGAAACAACUGUGCCUUUCUCACAGUAAAUACAUUUUUUUGUCAGAAGCUGGUACGUUCAGCUCACAAACACCAUUAGUUUCAAUUUAUUUAAUUUUGUUAUAACUUACACAAAAUAGAAUGUAGUGUACCAUGAUAGCAUUAUAGUCGUUGCUUGCGUUCUCAAAAAUUGUGAUUUUCAAUGGGGCCAGUUUGGAAGAAAGUGUGAUUGAAGAAAAGCAUCUUCAAAGCAUAUACCAGUAUAAGAGAAUGAGUGAUUUCAGAUUCUUGAUAAAGUUAUGUUGCAGGCCACAAGCUAUUGAUGCUUUAAAAUUAGUUCAGUGAAUGUCUUGCAAUUUUUGUACAAAUUUUUUUUUUUUAGAAAUUAUCCUUCAUUCAGUGUAGGCUUUUCAUAAUUGAUGUAAACUGGCUACUGAGCAUGAUAUGAUGGAUGAGUGGUAAUGAUAGUUAGAGCUGGUAAAUCCUAGCCAGUUUAUUUUCUCGGAGUUUAGAUUCUGGGAUCCAUAUUAGGGUGCAUUUCAUGUCCCUAUUUGGAAAAACUGGAAUUCUGAGUUCUUUCCAUAGAUAAGCCUGCUUUGGAAAACUUGCUCUGGACUUGGGCCAUGGAGGUCUGCACACUGAAGUAUUGUGAGCUGAGAGUCCAUCAGCAAAGAUACCAGUCCAGAAUAGGUUUGAUCAGAUAGUGAAUCUACUAUUACCUGAUGAAUUUGCAGUUGUUUCUGCUGGAAAAUGCAUUUUUCCAUUUAUUAAAAAGGCUUUCUACAAAGGGAAUGGUAAGUAUGGCACUAAAUACCUUUCAGAUUUUCCAGGAUUAUUGUAUCUGUGGGAAAAACCGUAUUGACUCUCCUUUGAAUUGUAGGUGGCAGAUUUCCUAAUUUCAACUCAAUAUUCUUACAGUUACUGUAUUUUCUGCUUUGUGAGCUGUUUGUGAGAUUCUUUGCUUUCAGUGCAGCAUUUAGUAAAUAACUUGAGUACCACAUCAUUUGCUUCAUUUACACUUACUUGAUUUGUCAUGAGGAUUUGAUAGGGAAUCAACCUGAAUGGAAAGAAAGGAUUUUAAAACUCAUCUUUUAAUUUGGCCCUACAAAGAAAGUAUAUGAAACAUAAUUGACUGUUGACAGUAACACUAGCUAAUGCGUGUAUGUUGUAAUCCACAGUAAAUAUAAGCAGACAAUGAAAUUGUUUUUGACUGUAGUUUGGUGCUGUAUGGUAAGACUUCUGGGAGACCAAAUAUGUUUUGUGCUUAUCAACUGGUUUUGUCACUGAAUGACAUAGGUUUCUAAAGUCUGUGAUAUUACAAAUCCUAGCCUGUAUUACUCCAGGCAUCACAAGCAGAGAUCAUUGUAAUUCCAUCUCAGUGGAUGUUUGUACAAAAUAGUGAAUUGGUUUUCAUAAUGUCCCUGAAGAACUGAAUGUGGGAAACAAUUUUUUUGUAUUUAAGGGAAAAAAAUUAUUGGUUGGACUGAAUUUUCGAUCUUCAGUGUAUUACAUGUGUCAAGAAGUUCCCAGUUUUAAUUUAUUGGUGGUCUACAUCCAAACCCUCUUGCCCUAGUCUUCUCCACACACUUAUGCCUUGGUUUCCAUGGGAGGAAAAAACAUGAACUAUGCACUGUCUGUUUUUAGUGACAUUUAGUGAUGCAAUUGUUGUGAUGAUUUCUGUACCAGUGUAUAACCCUAUGACAGAUUUACUGUCGGCCAUUUUAUCUUCCUGACGUUCUUACUAAGGUUCUCUGGUUCAUUAAAGAAAGGGGGAGGGAGAAGGUCAAAGGUAAAAUUCCAUUUAAAGAAACAAGGAAGAGGCUGGUUUUGAUGUUUGGCCUGAGGGAGUUUGCAUUCCUAUUCUACUUUUAUGAUCUUCUCUUAUACAAAGGACCUCUCUGUGCCAGAAAGUAGUGCAGUAUCAUCAGAACUAUGCUGAUAGAAGUGCAAUGGAGUUAUGAAAAAUGCUAGCUUCAGUAGUAAAAACAGCAUAGCAUAAAGCUUAAUCUCUAUAUGAUGUACCUUACACAGGUUUAUAUUUAUGCAUGAUGCCCACCCUAGGUAGUUUCAGAACUGGAAUCUCUAAAUAUAGCAAUUAGAAUAUGUGUUAGUGUCAAUAAUUAGUCUUACACAGCAAGGAGGUGGGCACAGGGAGGUGCUUCACCCCCAUUUCGGGUCGUAACUAUGAAAGGAACACGUAGGCAGAAUUUUUCAGAUUUGCCAAAGAGACUGGAAGAGCCCCUGAACUCCCUGGAGGAGAGGGAAAGCUCCCCCUGAGAGUUCCCUGGCUGGGAGGGCAUCAGGCAGGGGAGCUCUCCAUGGUGCUCCGGCACCGAGCCUCUCCCGCAGUGCCAGAGCAGAGCUGCUCCAGUGCUGCCUCACAUCCUGUGCCUUCUCAGGAUGGGAACUCCAGAUUGUGUGGUAACACCUGACCCAGUCUUUAUGCACCAUGGAACUUCUCUGUCAUCUGCAAGGGACUAGCUCCUAAUUCACCAUGACAGCUGGGAGCUGGUGCCUGAAGUGCAGGGAGAGCAUUUCCGUGAUGCCUGCUUGCCGAGUCAGUGGAAGGAGGUAUGACUGCAGUACUUUAAAUAAGCAAGAUGUGUGCACACUGAUGCAGACUAUGUAAAUAGUCUGCAUAUAAGAUUAGGUGGUAUUGUCUAUGUAUUACAAAGGUCACAAGAAGUGCUAGUUUCCAUCACAUAGACUUUGUAUAUCUGCAAAGAACAAGCCUGUUAUGAGUGUUUUUAAUCUUGGCUGAAAAAAUUGUGUUUAGUAAGAGCACUUUUUUCAAUUUCAAUUCUGUCCAGUUUGACUAAGCUAUGAAUAGUUAUAUGGGUUGUAUGAGAAGGUAGAAUUUUCAUCUUUGGUAAAAUUUGUUUUAGUGACUCUGGUGAAAGUAAUUUUCUUGCCUUUCAAGUACAGCUUAUUCCAACUUGUGAUUGUUUUGCUGCUGGUUGGUUUGGUUUGUUUUUUUUCCAACUUGCUAAAGUAAGGUUUGAGUGACCUAAUUGUGUUGUUGGAAGAAGUGUUAGGUAAAAGACUCCAUUAGCUGAAUUCAGUAGUUACUUGGUUGAUAUUUUCGUUCCAGUAUUCACAGUAUAAGAGAUUACUUUUUCAUACUAGUUCAUUUUUUGUUUUGUUUUGGGUUUGGUUUUUUGGUGUUAUGUCAGUCCAGAAUAAUACGUAUUUCUGGACAACCUUAUUUAGUCCCAUUCCACUUCAUCUUGCCGGGAAACAAUUUCUUCAUAUUUUGUCUUAAUAAGUGUUCGUACUUCACAAAAAUAAUUAGUAGGGAAAUUAUAUUUCCCCAAUUUAAAUAUUUGAGUCAGCAAAUCAAAUACUCAGUUUAAUAUAGCUGAAUAUUGAACCCACAUUUUAAACAGAAGUGCAUGGUUUACCAUAGUUCUAUAUUUCAAUUUGGUUUUCUGGCAGAACCAUUAAUGGAUUUGGGUGGGAUCAGUAAAGUGCUGAGUACGCUUCAACUGUUACAAAACCUACUUUAUAUGAUUGCUCUAACUCUUGGUGUUCAUCCUUCAUAUAACAUUUAAUAUGUUUCUCUAUUUAUUAAUGUUCCAUGUUUCUAAAUGGCGUGUUCAUUCAUGUGUUGGAGGUGAAUAAUCUUUUCAGCAUUGCAUUUAUUAUGUUUGCCUUGCCUCUCAGUACAUAAAUUAUUUGUGACCAUCCAGUGAAGUUUUUUUGACAGAAUUCCUCUGUUUGUUUGCCUCUUGUUUCAUAUGUUAUGUUUAAAGUGUCAGUUCUGUUUUAAUUAAUAAAUGUAAAUCACCACCUAAUGCUAACUUGCCACAUGUUAACAAUAAAGCAAA